GUCAAUUUGAAAUUGAGAUUUGACAGUAAUGUCAACUGUUUUAAAAAAAUGUCGAUUUAACGGUUUAUUCAAAAGUCGAGGCACUUUAAGUUUGGUGAUUAUUCAUUUUUUGAAUCUUGUUUCUGCUUAAAAUAUAUUUACGUCUCAAUAUUAUUUAUACAUGUAAGAUGAGUACGGAUACUGAAACUCCAAAGAAAAACAAAGCCUCUGUACCACCUAAAGGCAGUCCCCCUUGUGUUAAAUUAGAACAUUUAGACAGCGAUGUUUUUACGAAAACAUAUAUAGAUAUGUGUGUAGAAAAACGUUCUAAUGAAUCUCCGGAAAACAUAAACAUAAAUACGGAAAUCGAACCAUCAACUCCUCGUGCUCAUAUCGAAUUUAGUGAAGAACUAAGAAAAGUAUUACAUGACAGGAAUGUGUUAACUUCAAAAACAAGAAAAACGGUGUUUGAGGCACUAGAUGAAAUAAAAACUAAGGGUGAAGAAGAAAAUCGAAGGUACAAAAGAGAAAAAGCUUUAUUAGAGAUUAUUAAUAGUGAAAUAAAAUACGUUCACCAAUUGGAAAUUAUUAUUAAUUUUUUUUCGAAACCGACGGAAAUGAAUAAAUUGUUGAAAAAUGACGAAUUUCAAACAGUUUUUGGUAGCAUUUUACCAAUUUAUAAUGUCAAUAAGGAACUUUUGGAUGAAUUAGAGAAGAAUCCAGGUAAAGUCGCCGAGGCAUUUUGCAAAUUUGCUCCGUUUUUCAAAAUGUAUUCAGUGUAUGCUUGCGAAUUUAAAAAUAUUUUAAAUAUAUUACAGAAUGCAAGAUCGCUUAAUCCCCAAUUUGCUAAAUUAAUGGAAAAUCAAGAAUCGAGACCGGAGGUUCAAAAUAAGCUCUCAGCCCUUUUAAUCACUCCCAUUCAAAGAGUACCGAGAUACAAGUUACUUUUAACUCAUUUGCUACAACUAACCAAACCCCAUGAAAAAGACCAUAAGCAGUUAACUGAAUGUUUAGAAAAAAUUGAAGAAGCUGCCGAUCAUAUCAAUAAAAUCGUGGAAGAUCAAGAAAAUAUGCGGAGAUUAUUGGAAAUUCAAAGGUUUUUGAAAAGCGGGGAGCCUAAUAUUGUGAAACCUGGUAGAACGUUGUCUAAAGAGGGGAUUUUAGUGAAAAUGGGCACGAAAAAUGCCCCCAGUGAGAAAUUAUACGCAGUUUUGAUGAAUGAUAUUAUUUUGUUUGGUAAAAUGAAGAAAGAUGAAUUAAAAGUUAAUUCUAUGAAGUGUGUGGGAAUAUUUCCGCUUGGAAAGUGUAAAGUUUUCGAAAUAUUGGAUAAAGGUUGCAUGAGGAUAUCGUGUCAAGAAGAAGAACUAAUUUUAUACCACGAUCAAUUCAGCCAAACGAAAAGCUGGAUAAAAGCCAUAAAAGAAGCCAUAGACGUACAUUUAACGGGGAAAAAAACUUUAAGAAAAGACAGUUCGUCGCGACGACCCGUCAAAAGAAAAGAUCUAUUCGAAUAUCACGAAGUUGGUUUAAGUCCCGGUAAACCUUUGACAAAAAGAAGAAAAAUUUCUAGCAGGAGACCUAUUUCGGGGGCUCUAAUGAAUUCAAAACCGGAACCUUUUUCUUAUUUACCCCCGGUAUUGCGGAGUUGGGAUGAAAAAGAAGAUUUGAUGGGUCGAACGUCGCAGAAAAAAGAAGAAGAAUCGGUUAAUGGAAAGUCUAACGAAAUUUUUUUGUUUGGGAAACGGCAGGACGAUGCAGGAUUCAAAGUUGGGAAAUUUUUAGGAGUCGUAGGGACUUCUAUUAAGAAAUUGUUUGGUUUCAAACAUUGAUAUUUAAGAUAGUAAAUAGUGGAAUUUGAA